AUGUUGAAAGUUGUUUGUGGGGAAAUUCAAAUCGAAGUCGAAGUAAAGAUUGAAGAAAAGAAUUUCUCAAGUGCUACCGUUGAAAUAAUUAGAACAUUUUUCGUUCAUGAAAGCUCAAAUAUAAAUAUUUUUGCUAUAUAUGAAAAACAUUCGAUGAAUGAUAUUCUAAUUGGAAUUAUAUCAUCAACUGACAGUUCAACAACAUUUUCAAUAACAAGUUCUGAUGACAACAUUUUCCAUGAAGCAAUUGACAAAAAAGUCGCAAUAAUUAUUGUUGACACUUUAACUAGCUUCACAAAAUUUCAAGAUACUUUUUUAAGCUGUAAAAAAAUAGCUAAAAAUGGAUUUUUCUUGAUAAUUUUCCCCAACGCAACAUCACAAGAUUUAAAGAAAAUGUUCUUACUUUUAUGGGAAAAUUUCAUUUACAAUGUAGCAUCGUUAACAAUUGACGAAAAUUUGAUAGGAAUGUUCACAUUCUUUCCAUUUUCACAAAAGCUUCAUUGCAACAAUGCAUUUGCUGUUAAAAUUAACGAAUAUAAUGGCCAGCAUUGGAUGUCUGAAAAGUUCUAUCCAGAAAAGUUUAAAGACCUCAAAGCAUGUCAAAUACGAGUCGGAACAUUUGAAACUGAGCCAUCAGUGAUGCGGAAAGUUGUGAAUGACAACAAAACAAAAGUUUACGGAAGCGAGGUUGAUGUUUUGCUAGGUAUGAGCGAUCUCAUGAACUUCACACCGAUAUUUCAUUUCUAUAUUAAAAGUUCCGGUGAUAUUUAUGAAAACGGAACAUCGACAGGUUUAAUGAAUAAAUUAAUGAGAAAGAAGGAAGAUGUUGUCAUUGGAUUUCUUUCAUUGAUGUAUUCGAGAGCGAAAUUUUUGAGUGCCACAACUGCAUUCACUUAUGAACCGUUAGCAAUUGUCAUCCCGCCUGGUGGAUACUUCACAGCAUUCGAGAAACUUUACUUUCCCUUCUCAACAUUUGUUUGGAUUCUUCUAAUUCUAAUGUUAAUUGCAACAAUUUUUGUUGUGUUAAUUACAAGAUUAUGCUUCAACAAUCUUUAUGCUUUCCUGGUUGGUGACAACAUCAAAACUCCGUUACUAAACUUCUUCUUGAUUGUCUAUGGAUUGGCACAACAUCAACUACCGAAACGAAACUUUGCACGUUAUUUAAUCAUGAAUCUAAUGCUGUUUUUCCUGAUAAUCAGAAACUAUUAUCAAGGUGUGAUGUUUCAAUUUUUACAAACAGAACUUCGACGACCUGACAUCGCUUCAAUCGAUGAGUUGAUAAAAGAAGAUUUCAACUUUUAUGUCUACAAAACAUUAGAAUCAAGAACAAAAGGUCAUCCAUUUUACAAUCGACGUGUAGUCAUAGAGAUGAAUGAAAUUGAAAAGAUUCGUAACAAAACUUUAAAUCCAAAGUUUAAAGGUGCCCUCUUUAAUUACAUGACGCAAGUUUUCUAUCUGAAUCAACUCAAUUACAAAGAAUUUUCAUAUAGAAUCUGUAAAGAAAAGUUUCUUUCAAAUCCAAUGGUUUUCUAUUUUCAAAAAGAUUUUUAUUUGGUAAAUGAAUUCAAUGACAAAAUGAACGAUUUAAAGGAAAAUGGCUUAAUAAACUUAUGGAUAUCAAAGUAUGUUGAUAAACGCUUUACAAAUCAAAAGGAAACUUUGGUAGGUGCAUUACCAUUAAAUGUUCAUCAUUUACUUGCAAUUUUUGAGCUUUGGAUUGGUGGCUUAGUCAUUUCUUUCAUUAUUUUCAUCUUGGAACAUUCAACUGUGAAGCACUUUAAACUUUUUCUCUCCAGGUAG